UCUUGCUAUCAGAGGGGUUUAGCCGGUGCGUUUAGUUGACAGUACCAGAGACGGACCAACGGUAGAAACAAAUCCGACUGUCAGGGAUUCUUGACGAUAACGGAUUAAAAAAAACUAAAUCGCCGCUAAAAUACCUGACAAACACAUAGCUACAUCAGGCAGCCAUUCUCUGUUCGCUUUUACCGUUUUUCAGACGGAUCGACGGCGCACAUCGUCUCUGACGGUAACGCUAACGUUAUAAACAAUAAUAACAAUGGCUUCUGGGUCGCCGUCGUCCUCUCCGGACACUGCGACGGGCUCAGGUACAGACCCAGCCCGGCCCGACACAGGGGAGCCCCUCGGUGGAGCAGGCUCAGACUCGGACUCGGACCUAGGUUUGGGUAAAUUUGACUGCAGCGCCAUGGAAAUGGGGGACCGGCUGGAGGGAGACGAGCUGGAACGGGAGUUUGAGUCUGCAGCCGACCGCGUACGGGAUCUGGUUCAGACUGCCAGCAGGGACCAGCUGCUGUACCUGUAUGCACGAUAUAAACAGGCCAAAGUGGGAAAGUGCAAUACACCAAAGCCUGGCUUCUUUGACUUUGAAGGACAGAGGAAAUGGCAAGCCUGGAAGCAGCUUGGAGACAUGGAGGCGGAGCAGGCAAUGCAGGAGUACAUUUCCUGUGUCAAUGUGUUAGACCCUGAAGGCAGCACGAAGGAAAGACGAGGAGCAGAAAGAAGAACAGGCUUCGGAGGAGCAGCAGUCAGCUCUUUGUACCAGGAGGAGAUGAUCAGGGAAGAAGAUAAGAACAUCUUUGACUACUGCAGAGAAAAUAAUAUCGACCACAUCAGCAAGGCCAUCAGCUCCCAGAAAGUGGAUGUCAAUACUAAAGACGAAGAGGGUCGGGCUCUCCUGCACUGGGCCUGUGACAGAGGACACAAGGAGCUGGUGUCUGUAUUGCUUGAGCACAAAGCAGACAUCAACAGUCAGGAUAACGAAGGACAGACAGCACUACAUUAUGCAUCGGCGUGCGAGUUUGCCGACAUCGUGGAGCUCCUGCUGAACGCCGGAGCCGACCCGUCCAUCAAAGACAUGGAGGGCUCUCUCCCUGAGGAGGUCACUGAAUCCAGUGCCAUCUCCUCCCUCUUGCGUCAGUAUACUGCUUCAAAAGGCUAGAUCUCCCCCCUACCUACCACCACCGGGUCCCUGCCUCUGUCCUUGUCUCACUCUGUUCAUCCUCAGCAAGAUUGCAAAGGUUUUAUUUGACUUUAUUUACAAAUACUUGAGGUGAGUUUGAUUUCAUUGACUUAGCUCUUUGGAACUACGGGGUGCGAACACUAGCCCUUCCAUUUGAUAAGACACAUGAAAUGAAGCACACCACAUGUAUUUUCAUUUUCAUCUAAAUACUGAAUAUUGACUUUCUAUGCUCAGUAGGGUUGGGUGAUAUGACGAUUACUGUGAGAUGACAGAGCUCUGUCUACUGGUUGAGAUUUUGCUGAGGCAGCUGUACCUUAAAUAUCUCCUCUGAGCAGGCCUGCUUAUUUGCAAUACUGGAAUGACAGGAUUUGUGCAUCAAUGUGAUGGAGUAUCUGGAUUUGUCAGGUAUUUAAGCCACUGGAGGAACCAAACACAGACAUUCCCGUCCAUUUAUUUUAUCUAUAAACAGUAUAAAAUUUCUGACAAGUCAUAUCACAGUAUAUGUAUAUUGUUAUUGUGAUAUAACAUUACAUACUGUAAUAGAAGAUUUUUUUACAUAUCACCCACUCCUACUGUCCAGGUCUGACAACCAUCCAGGCCUUUUAGUCUGGGUCAGCCCUCUCUGACCAUUUGUUCAUGAUUCAGUUGUGUUACGUUCAAGGAAUGCUUUAAUCAUUUGUCAUUUAUUGCAUUAAAGUCUUCAACAAA